UGGCGUCGUCCACCACCACAUCCGCGGCAAGAACUGCGACGCCUCCUCCCUGGCGUCCGCUUGCAAUAGCCCAGUUUUCGCCCUACACCUUUGUGGCUUCUGUGGACACAUUAGCAACCGAUGCUGUUAGAUCCUAGUCGCCCGUCUUUGCCAAGGCGGCUUAGAGGUCAUCUGGAAAGUCUUUGCCUCGAAUCGCCCCCAUUCAGAAGGCCAACUCAUUCCUUCUGCGGUGCUUUGGGACUCCGCGCCCUCCUCUGGUCCUGGUCCAGGAAGCGCUAGGGGAGGACGCAGGUGACCAGGAGAAGGAGGCGUGCGGGGAGGAGAAGGUGCCCAAGUGACUAACUACUCAGAGAUCGAACCUGCAGACCAAGCGCAAAGUAGAAACUGAAAGUACACUGUCGGCUGAUCCUACGGAAGUUAUGGGAAAGGCGAAGCGCAGAGCCGGGCGGUGGUGUGUGCCGCCCCCCUUGGGAUGGAUGAAACAGCAGGCGCGGCGUGGGUAGGAGGAACCAGCUGCAGAGACGGCCCUAGCCGGCACGGACUCCCGGCAACUCCGCGGAAGACCAGGGUCCUGGGAGUGACUAUGGGCGGUGAGAGCUUGCUCCUGCUGCAGUUGCGGUCAUCAUGACCACGCCCGCCUCCCGCAGACCAUGUUCCAUGUUUCUUUUAGGUAUAUCUUUGGAAUUCCUCCCCUGAUCCUUGUUCUGUUGCCAGUAGCAUCAUUUGAUUGUGAUAUUGAAGGUAAAGACGGCGGAGCCUAUCAGAAUGUUCUAAUGGUCAACAUCAAUGAUUUGGACAGCAUGAUAGACUUUGAUAGCAAUUGCCUGAAUAACGAACCUAACUUUUUUAAAAAACAUUCAUGUGAUGAUAAUAAGGAAGCUUCGUUUUUAUAUCGUGCUGCUCGAAAGUUGAAGCAAUUCCUUAAAAUGAAUAUCAGUGAUGAUUUCAAUCUUCACCUAUCAACAGUUUCACAGGGCACAUUAACACUGUUGAACUGCACCAGCAAGGGUAAAGGAAGAAAACCAACUUCCCUGGGUGAAGCCCAACCCACUAAGAAUUUGGAAGAGAAUAAGUCUUUAAAGGAACAGAAAAAACAGAAUGACCUGUGUUUCCUAAAGAUACUACUACAAAAGAUAAAAACUUGCUGGAAUAAAAUUUUGAGGGGCGCUAAAGAACAUUGAAAAAUACGGAGUGGCAAUAUAAAAACUUAAGAGCUUUAUUUGUAUCCUCCAAGAAUCUAUCUGCUUAUGCAAUUUUCCAGGGUAGAAUGCCUUCUGGAAGUUACUGAAUGCAUCCUGGUAAAAACGGAUUACAGCAAUUGAGAAAUCCUUACUGUAGUACUAGAAGAUGGACAUAAACAGUGGAAACCAAACGCUGCAAUCAACAAACUAUUUCACAUGCAUGAGGAUAUAUAUCAAUCGGUAUUAAUUCUGAACUGAUUUUUGUAAGACAAUCCAUGUAAGAUAUUAGUUGUAAUAAUAUUUUUUAAACCUGCUUAAAAUUUUCAGAAGACAUAUAAAUUCUGUGAAAUGUAUAAAGUUUACAAGGAUUAAAAAUUAACAUUUCAUUAUUACCAAAAUAAUUUUAUGGCCCACUAUGCAUCAGCAUACUGCAAUGAGAGUGGAAAUUGUCAUCUGUGCUGGAAAUGUUUCAGAGUUACAGUGAGAUAUGGAUAAGGCCCAUGAGAACAAGAGUCAUACAGCUUACAGGAGCAGUAGCAUAAAGGAGUCCAAGAUAAUUGAGAGAUGUAAUUAAACAUGAAUGUAUAACACAGUGCCUUUAAUAAAUGAUAUAACAGAUGUUUUAAAAUGAAGAUAGAGAAUAAUUUCACAAAAUAGAAAGUCAUCUGUUCUAAGGAUGCUAAACCAUAGUACUGAGUUACUUUUGUCAUUUAUGUGUAAUAAAAUUUGUCUAAAUGAGUUUGCAAUUUGAGAAGUAUAUUUUUAAGAGAAUAAUAUAUGUUGGCCUCUUAAUUAAUGGAAUGUAUAUAUUUAAUUUUGACACUCUAUCUGUAUAUAAAAAUAUUUUCAUACAGUAUUACAAUUUACUUUGGA